CGCGAAGUUAUUCCAUUCAAAUUUCCCUAUCCUUGUCGGUGCGCUGUAAUCUUCCAGUCCGAUAAAACAGAGACAAGAUAAAGACAAAAACAUGAGCUUAGAAAUUACAGAAAACAAGGUUUAUUUGUCUCUCUUUUCUUAUUGCAGCUGUAAACUUAACACUCGGAGCAUAACAUCGACAUAGUUAACAUCAUCAAUGUCUUCUGUUCUUUGUAAGCAUCGGAUUUUCCUCCUCACUUCCUUCAGAUACCCUUUUCUUUGUUCUUCUCAUUGUCUCCUUCGUUACAUUAAAUUUAUGUGAUUCGCUUCUCGAAUUUCUUCUCCUUCUAAAUCAACCCUUCGAUGCCUGCCUCGGUGUUCAAUUGGGUUUUUUGUAAGCUCGUGGUGCUCAAUUUAGCAGUCAUUUAGGGGGCUUAGCUGGUGAUCCGUGCUGUUUUCCCUCCGCCGAUGCCGUACUGGCCAAGCCUGGCCACUUUAUCUGAAAGUUAAGAAACCUUGCAAGGACUUAUAAGGAGUUGAGUCACUUUCUAACCGUUGCAUCAACUUGGUUAGUUAAAAAUGGAGAAUAAUUGGUCAAGGCCCAGUAGGAAUUCUCUGACGCCGGUGAAGCAAAGGAGGAGUGGAUAUGAGCCAUCUUAUGCCGAGACAGACAUCCCAGAUAGCCCCUGGCACGGCGGAAACAAAUGGCCAAGUGGAGAAUGGGAGUCUGAAGGGGCAAAACCAGAGUUGUAUUUGGGAAGAACGAUCAGCCCUUUGAAGCAGAGCAGGAGAUCUUCAAGGUUUGAAUACGAAGGCCCUACUCCAAGAACUACCUCCGUGGUAAGUCCGGUUCGAAGAAGAACCAGCAGCAAGUCGCCCUACAAGCCCAGAAGAGAUGACAGCAAUGCUCGAACUUUGCCAAUGGCGGGUUCUGAUAUUCAUAGGAACAUCAGCCCCUUGGGAAAGUCCGAGCGCAGGAGACACGUUUCACCUUUUCAAACAGACCGAGAAGAGCGCAAUAUGAACGACGAUGGUGAUGAGAUUGUAGGCUCAAACAGAAACCUGUUACAUCAGCGAAGGAACAGCAGAAGAUCAGCAGCUGCUCCGCAGCAUAGAUCACCGAGAGAAACCAACCAGCAGAGGAAUUGUUCGAUCACGCCUACGAAAGGGGAGAGGACUCCAUCCCCGUUAUCCAAAAGCAUGGCUCAUCAGAAGCAAAGGCAAGUGAGCACGCCAUCUGUCGGCGAAAUUAACGAAAUGCUUGCCCAUGCAAAGCUUGCUAGAACUUCUCCAAACUCCAUGUUGAAUAACAAAGCUGCUCCGGUUUACGAAAGCUCGGAUUCUAUUGCAGCAGGUGAUAUCUUCUUCUCUAGAGAGUGCGAUGUCAUGGCAUUGCCUCGAAAUCACUUACAAAAACCGAAAGUGGUUUCCUCUGCUGCCUCUCAACAGAGAAGUACUACCCGAUCAAACGGUAACUUCGAUCAGAAUGUGAAUAUCCGCGGACUUUUGUCCCCGUAUGGUCUGUCACAGACAACCACCACCACUUCCAGCUCUGCGGUGAGCAGGCAGAGCAGCGGGAAGCUGAGCAUGGCUAGCAGCAAGACGAGUGAUGCAAGCAGGACGACAACAGCCAGCAUGAGGAAGUUCACGGACAAUAGGAGGAAGAGCGAAGGUCAGGCGUGGUUUUCGUGUAUGAAAAAGAGUUCUUGCAAGAACAAAAAAUUAUCACCUGAGCAGAGCGCAUUCAAUGAAGCUGCAUUCAUCGAGAAAGCGUUCGUGGUGGAAAGUCUCAGGCAGUUAUGGGCGGAUAAGCAUCGGCCUAGUUCGUUGAACGGAUUCGCUUGCCACAAACAAGAAGCUCAAGUUCUCAAGCAACUUGCGAUUGAUAACGUCAGUCCCCAUAUUUUGUUUACUGGACCAACUGGUUCUGGGAAGAAAGCUCUAACAAUGGCGUAUCUACGGGAAAUAUACGGCGACGCGAGCUGGGAAGAACAAAGGCCAAUGCAAGUAGUGGUUCCAUUGACAUCCAGUCUUCACCAUGUAGAACUCAAUGUACAACUGGAACCAAAUGCCAGAUAUGCCCUAAUGGGUUUAGUCAAGGAAAUAAACAACGAAAUUGCUCAUGAAGUCAGCUCUAUAAAUUCCAAGGCAAAUCAUAGAGUGAUGGUUUUGUACGGUGUUGACAAAGCAUCAGCGCACAUUCAGCAUUUGAUCAAAUGGAUCAUGGACUGUCACUCGGAAUCGUGGAAGCUCAUACUCUGUUGCGAAAAUGACACCGGCAUCAUUGAAUCGGUGAAAAACCGGUGCAUGGUCAUCAAGGUUGAUGCUCCUGCGACUCAUGAAAUUAUGGAAGUUCUUAUUCAGAUAGCCAGCAAGGAGGACUUUGACCUACCUAUGAGCUUUGCUAGUAAGAUUGCAAAUAAAUCAAAGCAGAAUCUGAGAGAAGCAAUCAUGGGUCUUGAAGUAUGCAAAGCACACAACUAUCCUUUUGAAGAUGAACAACCAAUUCCGCUUGGAUGGGAAGAGGUGCUGCUUGAACUCGCUUCAGAAAUCCUAGCCGAUCCUUCACCGAAGAGAUUAUUUUUCAUCCGGGGAAAGUUUCAAAAGCUUCUCAUAGAUUUUGUCCAUCCGAAGCUGAUUCUACUGAAGCUCGUGGAACUGUUCCUAAAGGGAGUAGCAUCUAGUUCUAGGAGGGAACUCUAUUACUGGCAUGCUUACUAUGAGAAAAGACUCCCCGAAGGGGCGAGUGCGUUACUGAAACUAGAAGAAUUUGUGGCCAAGUUCAUGAGCAUACACCGGAAGAGUUCCAACCACCAGGAGUACGUGUAGUUUAUAUGCCCUCAUUGAGAGUUGAUCGUUACUUUCUGUCUAUGUAUAGGUUUUUUUCAAAAUUGUGUUACUGCAGUCUAAUACUCGGAAAAAGAGAACGAGACAGAGAUAAACAGCCCUGAAGUUUUUUUCCUAGGUUCAAGAUGAUCAUGAAGAUUUAGAUAUAGUACAAAGGCAUGCAUUAUCUUUGUUUAGACAAAAAGAAAUAAAACAAGCUUACACAUUCUCAGCUCGGUCUUUAUGUAUAUCUUUUAAAAUGAACAACGAAAGGCAUGUGAACAAUAUUUUAGUAUGAAAAGAACGUAAACACACCCAUCUGAACAUGGAACAUCUUCUCAUGCUUUACUUGGAACAAAUACACUGAACAAUAUACCAUAGACUGCUGUUAGCUGUGUCUUCAACAAUGUAUAUUUUAAUCUGCUAGGCAA